AUGUCCACCCAGCAAAAGAAAAAGCAAAAGAAAAAGCAAAAGAAAAGGCAAAAGGAAUUUGAUCCAAUUAAAGAAGAAGAAAGAGCUAAGAGAAUUGCGACGAUCGAAAAGAAAAGACAAGAUGUUAUAAAUAUCGUGAAAGAAUCUUUAGCAAAGAGACUUUCCGAAAAAUUGGCAUUGCAAAAGUAUCGUUCUGAUAAAGAGGAAAGAGCGGAAAAAAAAAUUAUUACAGAUGCCAAAAAAUCGGAAAGUGAAAAACAAAUGCUACAAAUACGAGAGAGUAUGAGUACGAUUAUAGAAGCUGGUAUAAAAUCUGUUUAUACAUCUGUAAUCGUACCAAAGAAGAUAAAAUACGAUGGGAAAUCAACGUUAACUAUCAAAGAAGUAAAGUAUAAAUUAAAGAACAACUUACACAUUGUUGGUUGGGGUAGAGAAGCUCUUAUGAUGAGUUCAGCAUUUGAAAGGAUCGUUGGGAAACAAUUGAAAAAGGGAUGGAUGGUGAUCCCUCGGAAAUCGGUGUUUAUGAUGUGGACUUUCCCAGAAGCAUUUCCUAAGCUCAAUAGUCGUAUAACUUACAUUGAAGGUGGCACCGAUGGGAAACCAGACGAUAAAGCAAUUCAGGCUACUCGAAAAAUUACAGAAUAUUGCAAGAAGUUAAAGAAAAAAGACAUUCUAAUAGUCAUGUUGUCUCAUGAUAUCGACGAUCUUUUGUGUUGUCCGAGAGAAACGAUUACAUUGACAGAUAAAUUUAGGUUGUUGAAUAGAUUGAAACAAUUAAAUGCUACUACAGAGGAAAUCAAUAUCGUGAGAAAUAAAUUGUCAGCUAUAAGAGGUGGUGAUCUAGCUCGUCUAGCUUAUCCAGCGAAAAUUAUCAUUUUGAUCACGUCCGAUGUAGCGGACGAACCGGUGGAUUUUAUUGGAGGUGGUCCAUGUACUUACCAUCACAAGGGUGAGGAAGCAUUCACUAUAUUGACAAAGUACAAUUUGAUCAGUAAAAUAUCUCAAAGCGUUCGUAGUUUAAUACAAGAGACCGUACCACCGGAAACCGCUGCGGAUAGCCAAUUGGACAAUCAACAGAAAUAUAAAUUUGUCCAGUCUUACGUGAUAGCUUGCAAUGCCGAUGCUAUAGAAUGUAUGGCGACUACGACCUACACUUACGGUUUAUUACCCGUUAAACUUAAUUCUGUUUGCUCUGGUACAAUUGAAGAAUUUGCUAGGGAAUACGUGAAAAUGGCCUCGUUAAUGAUACUAGCUGUCGAGGGAAAGAUCACUAAAUUCGAGAUGUACGAAAUGAUGAAAGACAGCACAGUUUGUCCAUUGACCGAUCAAAAAGUUAGAGAGAUAUUUCCUUCGAAGGAAGAAUGGGCUUUAGGAUUGUGUCUUUUAUUAGGAGGUAGACCAACGGUCGAACUUCGUUCGAAUAAUGGAAAAGGUGGUCCCAAUCAAGAGCUUGCUCUUUACUUUGCGCGAUAUUGGCACUUGCGUACUGAGCAAUAUCCAAUUUUGAGAAUGUACACCGUCUGGUUUCUCGGUGGAAGUUCUUAUGGUCGAGAUGGUAAUACGGACGCAGCCGGUGCCUUUGGCUAUAAGAACCUUUAUACUGACAUUUAUCCAAAAUAUAACAAAAUCAACGAUAAGUAUAGAGAUGCUCAUCUCGAAUGGAUCAACCUUGUCGACAAAAUGGCACCUGACGAAGAAAUAUUGAAUGCUCGUGGUAAAGUAAAUGAUUUAGAUAAAAUAAGAAAAAUGUAUGCCGCCAUCCUUCCAGAUAAAGUUUUAAAUGAAAAUAAUACGAAUUGGUUAUUGCGAAGCGUAAACGACGGCGAUGAACUUCUGGAAUUAAAAAGUGGAAAUUAUUAUAAUUUCACAAACGUCGGUGAUAUAUAUGUUAUACGAAUCGUUCGAUUUCAAUGCAAUUGCGAUGGUCUUUGUCACAUAGACAAAUUAUGCGAUGAUAAAGAAUGUCUUUUUAAUCGAACAGCGUCAAUUAACGAAGAGAUAAAUUUGUCUUUUUGUGGUAAAAUUGAUGGACCGAAAAAUUCAUGA